AUAGAAAAUGGGUAAUAGUAACAAAGUUUAACAGAAUGUCAUUCACAUUGAAUUCAUGACUGCAAAGUAAAAAAUCAGGAAGGAUAAAGCCUUGAUCAAGAAUAAAGUCGAUUAAAGUAGUAACGAACAUCUUUUGGAUAUAAUAUGCAUUUAAGAUUUAACUUAGUAUUAUGAAGUCGACUUCAGAUAAACAAUAUUAACAUCAGAUGAAACUAUACACGUGAAGGUAUAUUAUAUGUAUAAGACAGAAAAUUGUUGAUCUAGUUGUCAAUCCAAAUUCAAAGACCCCCAAUAACCUAAUUUAAAUCAGUGAGUUCUUUAAAUAGAACGUCAAGUCAUUUUAGAUUUUUUUCAAUAAUCAAAUGUUCUCCCAAGAUGAACAGCAAUUUUAAUUUGCAUAUGAGCCACUCUACAUUGAAGUAAUUUAUAAACCAAAACACUGGAUGGAAAAGACUGUGGAAAAAUUUAAAACUUAUAGUAGUAAGAUUAUGUCAGCUCUUGCCUUUGCUUCCAAGUUUGCUUAUAUUGCCAUUCCUUUAUAUACAAGUUUGUCUGCUCUAUAACCCUUUUUAUUGCCCACUCUGAAGACAGCUAAAGUAGCCUUGAGAGCAACUGAAAAUCCUAAAGCUCAGAAGGCUGAAAGUGUGGUUAAGUUCCUAAUUAACACUUUAAAGAGAGCAACAUUCAUUGCUGCCCCCAUUUUAUCAUUAGUAGCUUAAUAUAUGCCAAUGUCAAAAACAAUGUUUGCAGCAGUUGGCCUAUAUUUUGGGAAAGGAGUAGUGUGGAAUGUGGUUAAAUUGGCAGUAACAAUAUUUUGUCCCUUUUUGGCACCAUUACUAAUGCUAUUUGGAUGA